CACUCCGAUCCACACACGCUACAAGAGGUGCAUUCUCUUAUCCCGCUGCACUACCUAGGGGUGGACUGGCCCUGCGGGCGGAUUUUUUUCUCUUCCUGUCUCCAGUUACCUGUGCGGUGUCAGCGGCGGGCGCUUGGCGCUUGGGACCAGAUGUGACAGAAUUACGCACCGUGGAACGCAGCGGUGGAUGAGAGCACGCACGUCGGCUACUUUUCGGGGACUUUCCCUAGAAACAUUUGAAUGUGAAGAGCGGCGUCUUGCCAAUGUCCCAGCUGGUUCACGGCUGCUCCCCCCCGCCUCACGCCACCGGGGCUGGACGGUGAGACCGGUGCGCGCACUCGGACCCCUUGGACAGACGCGUUUGACGGAUGCAUUUCCUCGCGUAUCGCAGCUGGAUCCUGGAUCCUUCCCACUUGUUCUGCGUCCCUUGUACGUUGUUUGGUGGAGAGCGGCGGCGUGAAGAGAAUGUGGCUUGCGCAAAUCGAGCGCUGGUCUGAACCGACUCGACCUGUUCUACCUGGACACUUGCGCACGCCUUUGCGCUCCUGAAGCGUCGCCUGGACCCCCCGCGCGUCUUGGGGCAGAACUCUGAUGUUGAAAAGACAAAGGCUGAACACUGAAUCCUCUACUCAAGACGGCAAGUGAAGAUGGGUCCUACGUGUUCAAUGUGUACUUCGUUAGAUUGGCGUCCAGUCUAGUGAACAUCAUCAGCGAUGUAGUCAGCUUGUUCAUCUGCGUGCUGAUCAUUUGCAGUAAGUACUCACAUCUGCUCAAACGGGAGACCAUGAAGAUGAUCCUCCUGCGCAAAUUCCGGGUUCUGAUCCUCCUGGUGUUCCUCAUCGCGUGCUCCAUGCACAUCAUGAUCGACUUGUUACCGAAGCUGGAGAGGCACGGCGGCGGCGGCGGCGGCGGCUGCUCCUGCUCGCACACGCCGAGCGAGGAGCCCCAGAGCUGGGGGAAGCAGGGCUGGCCUAACAAGCACACCCUGCGGAUCCUGCAGGACUUCAGCAACGAGCCCAGCUCCAAUGUUUCCUCCCACUCCCUGGAAAGGAUCCCGGCGGCGGGCGACAAGACGCAGGCUCUCAAGAGGCUGGAGCAGCACGGGCUGCGCGGGGACCGGAAGAGGCAGCUCAUCCAGGACACCGCCGCCGCCGAGCACUCGGCGCUCGGGGGCUCAAGGUUGUUGGCGCUCUACGACCACCCCUUAUACAAGAGACCCCUGCCACCGCUGACAGACGAGGACACGCUGUUCAACGUCAACACGGACAUCAGAUUUGACCCCAAAGCAGCAGAGGAUCAGACAUGGAAUACUGAAGGCACCGUAGAUGAGUUCGGCCCCACAGGGGAGCUGACGGCUGAGUCCUACCCCAACUGGCUCCGCUUCCACAUUGGGAUUAAUCGAUUCGAACUGUACUCCAGACACAACCCGGUCAUUGAUGCGCUCCUGAAGGACCUGGUCACCCAGAGGAUCACCAGUGUGGCAAUGAAGUCCGGAGGCACUCAGCUGAAGCUCAUAAUGACCUUCCAGAACUACGGCCAGGCUCUGUUCAAACCCAUGAAGCAGACCCGGGAGCAGGAGACUCCGCCAGACUUCUUCUACUUCUCCGACUUUGAGAGACACAACGCUGAGAUUGCUGCCUUCCACCUGGACAAGAUCCUGGACUUUCGCCGCGUGCCCCCUGUGGCCGGCAGGCUGGUCAACAUGACGAAGGAGAUCCGAGAUGUCACGCGAGACAAGAAGCUCUGGAGGACCUUCUUCAUUUCACCAGCCAACAACGUGUGCUUCUACGGAGAGUGUUCCUACUACUGCUCCACUGAGCACGCUCUGUGUGGCAAGCCGGACCAGAUAGAAGGAUCCCUGGCGGCUUUCCUGCCCGACCUGGCCCUCGCCAAACGCAAGACCUGGAGGAACCCGUGGAGACGCUCCUACCACAAACGCAAGAAGGCCGAAUGGGAGGUGGACCCAGACUACUGCGAGGAGGUCAAACAGACUCCACCUUAUGACAGUGGGACAAGACUGCUGGACAUCAUGGACAUGACCAUCUUCGACUUCCUCAUGGGCAACAUGGAUCGCCACCAUUAUGAGACGUUCGAAAAGUUUGGAAACGAGACCUUCAUCAUCCAUCUGGACAACGGCCGAGGCUUUGGGAAGCACUCCCACGAUGAGAUUUCCAUUCUGGUGCCAUUGACCCAGUGCUGCAGAGUGAAGAAGUCGACCCACUUGCGUCUGCAGCUGCUGGCUAAGGAAGAAUACAAGCUGUCCAUGCUCAUGGCAGAAUCCCUGGUGAGGGACCGCCUCAGUCCCAUCCUCAUCCAGCCACACCUGGAUGCCAUGGACCGACGUCUACGCCAGGUGCUGAAUGUGCUGUCGGGGUGCAUCGAAAAGGAAGGCUACGGUUACGUGGUGGAGGACGACCUCCGGGUGGAGCGAGGGACAGACCACUUUCACACAGGCCCGCGACGGAGGUAGCUGUCUGCGGGGGGGGGGCGCUGGCGGCUGGAUGGAACUGAACUGAACUCCUGGAGACAGGAGGCUUGACUGAGCAGAUCCAGUCUUCCUCUUCGACUGAACUAACACGGAUGAGCUCCAUGUGCGCUGUAUUCCUCAGAGGGCUCGAUUUGCGCUGAACUUACAGGGAAGCCCACCUGUCUGAGAUAAGCUGUCUGGAAGUAGAGGCCUGCUGGAUAGGACUGGACUCUGACAAAGCUCGAGACGCAGGUUAUGUCGCAGACCCUUCGGACGGAUCUGGGGUCCCGCGCAGAACUGAAGCGCCCCACGUCACCUAGACUCCUUAAAACAUCCGACCCUGACUCUAGUGUAGGAUAAGUCUCACCACGGCUGACCCACGCACCCACUGACCCACCGCAGCAUCACCAAACCGGUCUCGCGAGAGGCGCCUUCUCUCUGUCUCGUUCAGGACCCUUGCUUUUUGAAUUCAGUGAAUUCUGAGGGACUCGUGAAGGAUCUCCGGACCCUCCCCUCCGCUCUCUUCACAUGCUGAGUUAUGUGUUUCAAAGUGUCGUCGGUAAUGCAAGUGUUUCGGCCGAACAUUCACAGUGGAGGAGGAGGAGGGGCGUUGACUUCCUGUUGUCUUAAUUAUCAAAAUGUUGUUCUGAGUUUUGCUGCAGAAUGUUUUAUUGGGUUGUGUCUUCUUUUUAUAUUUCAUUUCUGCUGAGCUGUUUCAGCUCCUACCAUUGGUUUUUUCGAGAUCGGAAGAUUUGAUUGGAGUGCAGGUUUACUCCUGGAAUUGUCCAUUAAUUUUGCCCAUAAAUGUCCUUGAGAGAGUAUUUAUUAAAUAUUCAUAUUUAUUGACACAACACCCUUUAUUCCCCGUUCGUAAGAAUCGACAUCAGAGAGGUGUACUUCUUAAUUUGUCCAGAAGAGGGCAAACUGAGCGUGUGCAAGUGCAGCUGCCAGGUCUGUGCCUCUCGGUUAAAUGAACCCUCUCCAUAUUUCAGCCUAUUCCAGGUAUCAACCUGCUUUUAAAUUGGUUUAUAGUCACCCAUGAGUACUUGUUAGAUUCAGAUGAGCAAGUCUGUGCCUCAACAUUUACUCCAACUACUGUUUGGUUUUUUUCUUCUUCUGUUUUUGCUUCUUUCAAUGCAACAGCCAUGAGGUUAGGUUUCUGGUACCGAGAGCCAAAUGUGACACGAAUAGUUUAGUUUUUUUUCUAUAAUUGUUUCUUUGUAAUAUAUUUGAUGUCCAGAUGUUGCUGUUGUGGAGAGAUUAUUUUUCAGGAUGUAAAUUUCAUUCAAUCGCCAAACAGCUGAUAGCUGAGCUGUUGGUGUCCACGACGAGUUAAUAUAUAUAGUAGGAAGAAAAUCUAGUGCCUGUGCAAUGAUAGAAAUACUUGAAUGUGUGGUUUCACAGUGGAAGAGGGUUGAACUCCUCCCAGGUACGAGAUAAGUUAAUGGAGGUCGACAUGUGUGUGUGUGUGUGUGUGUGUGUCUGUGUGUCUGUGUGUGUGUGUGUGUGUGUGUGUGUGUGUCUGUGCGUGCGUGCGUGCGUGCGUGCGUGCGUGCGUGUGUGUGCUGACCCCAUCCGUUUCCAUACGACUUUUAUUCUGCAGACUGAGUUUUUAACUGUCCCGUGUCAAGGUCAGUACAGUUUGUAUGGACGUAUGGGUGGAUCCACGGAGAACCUUUAGAUGAUCUGUUCCUGAAGUGAAAGUGCUUCUUCUUCUUUUAAUCCAACUCGUUGUUUCUAUGGAUUUUAUUGUUCAUUUCUUUGCAUCAUGGUUAAAAGUGCAAUAAAACAAAAAAGAGCAGAAUA